AUGUCACCACAAGUUGCCCCUCGACAAAGGGCAUGGGCCCCUCGACAUAGCACGAUAUCGCAAUUCUCCAAAAGUAUAUUAGUCGCUUUUCUCAUCGCCCUGCACGCCGUAUCGCCUGCCUAUGCCGUGAGGAUUCCUUUUACAAACUGCCUUGGCGACGCCUACCGCUUAUCCGAACCGACGAGACUGCAAUGGGUCCCCUUAUACGCCGAUGCCGUGUUCGAUACUGAGGACCAAAAACACAAUCUCCGUGUUAUCGUGUGGGGCAAUGUCACAGGUUCUCGAAAUGGCAGUUCGCUGCCACUACCGAGUGAUGGUUCUUGGAACGACGACAAAGAUAUCAAUGGCAAAAUUUCUCAGCUGCCCGAGAGCGGCUACCAGACUGCGACGACCUACUUCCCCAAGGUGAACUUUUUGACCUAUGUUCCAUAUAACCAGAGGUUUGAUUUCUGUAAUACUUCAUUGGUCAACAGUUCAUGCCCUCUCGGUCCCUCCUUUGAGGAGGUUGAUUACAGUGAUGCGUACAAGUUGCCUUCUAUUAAUAUCACCUGGGAUGCUUACGCAUCAUAUGCCUUCGCGUCUCUGGCACCGCGCAUGUCUAUUGUUGAUGGAACUCGGGCUGCGCCAGAGAUCGGCUGCGUUUCCAUGUCUGUAACCCCGGAUCUUGGGGGCCUUUCGUGGCUCCUCAAGUUUCUGCCCAUGAUUGUGCUGCUCUUCACAGGUUUCGCAGUCGUUUUCUCCUCCAUCUUCAGUCCCUGGGGCUCAACCGAUAUUUUUCACUGGACCUCCAACUAUGGACGCGAUGUCGAUUUACUCCGCCUCGUCACCCCUGGAUUUGGCGACUGUCUUCAGUAUAUCCAGUUUAUUGCCCUGAGCGGCAGUCUCACCCUCGAUUACCCUGGCUUCUAUCAACCCAUCGUCAGUCAGAUGGCAUGGUCGACCCUGAUGUUCAACGAGAGCUUUGUUGCCGAUGCGCCUUCGUGGCAAAGUGUCGUAGAUGGUAUCUAUGUCACAAACGGUACCUAUGGACUCCAGGAGCUUGGCCAGUUGGUUGGCAUGGCAGAGAGUCAAGAUAUCUGGGCCGGCAUGAUGGUUUGGUUAUGCGUGUGUAUCGCCUCAGUGACUGUGCUGGUCCAGGGAGGAUUCGCAGUCCAGUGGCUAUUUCGCAAGAUCAACAACACACCUGAGGAAGAUUUGCGCUCCAAGAACCUCCCCUUCUCCGUCGGAAAUGCCGUCCGCAUCGUCUUCAACUACUUUUUGUUCCCUAUUGUCGCCUUGUCAUGCUUUCAACUCGUCGUCGCGGGUGACUCUCCGACAUACACCAUUGCCCUCGCCGUCGUUACUCUAAUCUUUCUUAUUAUCUUUGCCUCAUACCUCUUCUAUCUUAUCAUCAAGACAAGACCUAAAUCUGUCCUCUACGACGACCUACCUACAGUACUUUUAUAUGGUCCUCUGUACAAUACUUACUCUGAUGAGGCUGCUGCAUUUGCUCUCAUUCCCGUCUUCUUGACGUUUCUCCGGGGCAUUACUGUGGGUGCAGUUCAACCAAGUGGCAUCGCUCAAGUGGUGCUGCUCGCCAUCUGCGAAGUAAUUCACAUCCUCACAAUCCACGCUUUCCGUCCAUUCCAGCGUUCAACAGCGAUGAACGCCUACCACACACUUUUUGGUUCUCUUCGUCUCGUUUCCAUCUUACUAAUGGUAGCAUUUGUGCCUACACUCGAUGUCUCUGAGGGUGACAAGGGUUGGAUUGGGUACAUGAUUUUGGGAAUUCAUGGUACGGCUCUGAUCUUUGGCUUCUUCCUCAACGCUUUGCAGACCAUCAUUGAAGUUACGGCUCGCAUGCUCGGCGCCGGUGGAGACGAUGCUCGAGGUUUGACCCGAGGAGGACUUACAAAGAUCUUUGGUGCACGACAGUUGUCUCGCCGCAACACACAACAUCGUAACACUGGCCCAUCCCGAGCCAGCCAGUUGUCGACCGCCGCAAUGUUGGACAUGGACGAUGGUGGCAAGUCAGGAUAUGUCAUGCCUAGCGGAAGGGUUCGUAGCGAGUCUGGUGCUAGUCUCGGUGGAUUCAUGAACCCUCGGCAUAGAAGCAGCUCGGCCCUCGAUAGCAUCGACGUCUACUCUGGUAUGCCGCAAAACAUUGACAGCAACAGUUCCUAUAUGCCCAAUACGCCUGGAGAGAGGAGUACGUUUUCUUUCCUGCCCUCCCCCAACGCUGCCCGCCAUCACCCCACACAGUCGAUGGACGCCGCCGACCCCUACUACCGACCCCCCAGAAGACGACAGGAGAUGACGAACGAAUCUAUCCAUUCAGAAGGAGCUGGCGCCAUUAACCCAACAGACCCCAAAAGGCUCAGUCAACCUGGAGGCUUGGGCGACCCGGCAGACAUGGGCGCGGAUAUUUCUCGAGGGGCAACUCCAGCUCCUCCUCCUCCUGCUGGAUACUCGCAAGUCAGCAUUCCUCCAAAUCGACCCGAUUAUGCUACUCGGGAAGUGGACUUUUACUAUGGUGUUCGUGGACCAGCCUUGAAUUCAGAUGGACCGGGUCGAAAACUUGGAACUGGGCCUGCUGAUCCCACAGGCCCUGUGGCUACUGCUUCAGGAUGGUUCCGAAACCUGUUUGGUGGCAAGACGAAGGAAAAGGGCAAGGGUUUCGAGGUUGUCAGAAGCUCGCGAAUGCCCCCAGCUAUGAUGGCUAGGAACGGCGGGGAGUCACCUCCUGAGGGUAUUCCUGUGGCUAUGGGCGUGCUACGAAACGGGCCCAUCGACUCUGAUGAUGAUGAGCCUCGGCCCAGAAGGUCACCUGGUCGACAGCCACAGCCGCAACAGAGUUCUCUUCUAGACGACAACGGUGAUCCCCACGACUCUGAGCCAGAGAGCCCUACUUUGGAGCGACCACGACGCACUUUCAGUGCUGGAAGCGAGAGCUUUCCCAGGGAGCCGAGCAAGUCUUUAUCCAAGGCUCCACAUAUCGCAUUGCGCGAGGCUGAGGACGAUGCCCCAGAGAUCCCUCGCAAGAGUUCCAAGCGUGCGUCGGGCCAUUUCGCAGGUAGCAGUGAUCACAGCCACAGCCGGGCACCGUCACUUAAUCUGAUGAACAUGCCUGGGUCAACAAUAUCUUUCGAGUCGCAGUGGCGCGAUCAUGAUGCUCCAAGUCGCGCUUCGAGUCACCAUCGAGCUACACUAUCAGCAUCUUCACGGCUGCCAUUCGAGCGUACAAACUCUCAGAAGCGAUUGUCGUCUAACUCAUCUAUAGAAUUCCCGGGCGAAUUCUCCCAAAUCGACUUCGGCCCGUCGAUUGAUGACCGACCCGCCAGUUUUGGCAUGGUAUCACAACAUGGUGUCAGCCGAGUUGACCCGUUGCACCGUGACGUGGAUUUACUCGGCAGCUCUGCUGAGCUUGUCGAAGACCCUCCCGCGAGACCUCGUACUUGA